ACCGUGACAUAUUGAGUCACGCAGAGUAGUCAGAGAGGUCCUGUACACACAUACUUCUAUCUUUGACCAGAAUUUGCUAUUUUAAUAGCCCUUAUUCCGGUUACCUGUUUAAUACCGCAAAUGUGAGAAUAUUAGUGCACUAAAAUUCAAGCGUUGUCCUAAACCUUAAGAGCAUUCUGGCAGAAAUCCCACGUACAGCGCAAAAGCGAAACCAAAACGUUGAACGCAGCAGCUCCUUUUAGUUUCGUUUUGAUAAAAUAGAUACUCUGGCUGCAGAGAAACGCAGUCUACGAAAACAGUUGUUGCUGAUGGAGUCUGACCAUGGACGAAGAGGUUGAUCCCGACAGUGAAUAUGUGAACUCUGUAUUGGCUCAUGAAUCAGCAGAACUGGUCCACAUCCUUAGCGGUCAAUCAACCGCAGUCAUCAUGAAACUGUGCCAGAUGAUGCCAAGUGAUGCUGGUUGCAACAUCAACCAGGCCUCCGGUAAUGCCUCUUCAGAAGCAGUCACAGAACACAUUAAAGCCCUGUUGGAGUACUUCAGGGUGGCCAACGCUGCAGAUUGCCGCACUUUCCUUCAGAGCAUGUGUGUCCUGUGUGACAACAUCCCCAUGCACCUGGAGUCCAAGCUCAUGUCAGCUGCUGGAUAUGAAAAUAGUGCGUGUGAACCUUCCAAUCAGAGUGUAAUGGCUGGGAAGUCGCCUUCGCCGCCUUUGGAGCAGCUCAUCAAACGGCCACGGAUUGAUUACUGGAUGCAGUACAUUGCUACAGUGAAACAUUCACUGCAGAGGAGGUGGGAGAGAGUCAGCGAGCAGCUGGUGACUGAUGUCCAGCUGGAGAACGUGUGGGUUGGUCUGAGAACGGCGAACAGAACGAGGGAAAGACCUGAUCAAACUCCUGGCCCAGCGGACAAAGGGGCCAGAACACCUGAGCCUGAUUGGGAUUAUGGGUCUAUGGAUUCCCGAGUUACAUUGGAGAACUUCCUCCAGGGAUGUGCAGGGAAGGUGACAGUUCUUGUUGGCCCGGCUGGAUCGGGAAAAACUCUGCUGAUGUCUUGCUUAGGACAACAGUGGGCACAUGGACUAGGCCCUAUCCCUUCAUUUUGCCUGUUUGUCCUGCUGGAGUUUCAUCAGCUCAACGUACUGUCCCGUCCUCUCUCCCUGUCUGAGCUGCUGCUUCGACACUACGUCCCUGUGAAAGACAGUGACCACAAGCAGGAAGCCAUUGUGGAUUACCUCCUUUCCAAUCCAGAACAGAGCUGUUGGGUGCUGGAUGGCUAUGACAAAUUUCACAGCAAAAUCACCAAACAAGAUGUGCAGAAAGAGCUUUUGGACCCAGAAAAGCCUUUGCCUGUAGCAGACCUCAUAUCUGGCCUGUUAAAUCGUCAACUUCUCCCAGGAUGUACCUUGAUGGUCACUUGUCGUGUACGUGAUGUACUCGAUUUGGAAGGCAUAUCAGAUAAAGUUGGGCAGCUGCUGGGUUGGGACUGCCAGGAGAUCAAGGAGUAUGUGGAUAACUAUUUUGGCAAAAAAGGUGACUCAGCAAACAGAGCUCUUGGGGUGAAGGCAGCAGAAGUCCUUGUUUCAAGUCGGCACCUACUCGCCAUGGCAUCCCUCCCUGCUCUCUGCAACAUCAGCUGCAUCUGUCUGCAGUAUUUACUACUGGAAAGUGGAGAUCCAGGAAGGACGCCGAUACCUAAGGAUAGAGGGAGUGAGACAAGGCUGCAAGCCGGAGAAAUUGAAGAAAAAGAACUACAGAUUCAAGGACGAGAAGAAGAAGAAGACAGUGAAGUGCAAAGAGAAGAUCAAGGUGGAAGAAAUGAAGGAAUAAUGAUGGAUGGAACAAUCAAUAGACCUCAGCCACCUCUUACACAAGUCCAGAUACCCUCCACCCUCACCCAGGUCUACCUAACCAUUCUCAGUGCCUUUCUGUGCCGUGACCCCGAUACCAGAGGAAACAAUGACAAGCUCAAUACCAUAAAACUUCCACAAAGUAUUCUGAGUCAUCAUCGAUCAGAGUUGGGUGAGCUGAGUCAGCUGGCCUGGAACGGCUUAGAGGAAAGCAAGAUCCUCUUCAUGAAAGAAGACAUUUCUCAGGAUGUUUUAGAGUUUUCAAUCAAGAAAGGGCUCCUCUCACAGGUGGAGCUGAGAUGUGAAGAUGGGAUGCUUGUCAACUCCUACUGCUUCACUCAUCUGACUUUACAGGAGUUUUUGGCUGCAGUCAGAAUCAUGACGAGUGAUGAUGUCAGUGACACGCAGCUUAAGAAGAGAUUCAGUCUGAGAACUCGCUGGAUGACCAAGUCCGACCAGAGGACAGUCUUCACUGACUCCCUGCACCUGUUUGUUUGUGGUCUGGCCUCUCCGUGCUGCACUCCAGCCUUAGUUCAAUUAGCCAGGACCCCUGGUGGAACAGGAGGCCAAAUUUGGGUCAAAAAAAGACAAACUCUGGUUUUGAACCUGCUAACAAAACUUUGUCAAAGCAAUCUGACAGGACCAAAGAUAUUGGAGCUUUGCCACUGUGUUCAGGAGAGCCAAGACCACCAACUAGCUAAGCAGGUUGUUGGUACAAGACCCACCUUGGAACUGCGCAACAUCCGGCUACUACCUAAUGAUAUUGAUGCUCUGGCUUUUGUAGUUAACUCAGUAGGUGAUAAUGCCAUUGGAUUGGACUUUAGAGCAUGCUCAAUGGAGUCAGAGUGUUUAGAUGUCCUUCCUAUGUGUCAGCACAUUCACUACCUCAGUUUUUGCAGCCGCAGGUAUGGCGACAAGUUUGCUGAGAAGUUGUCCUCCAUUUUGCCAAAAUUCAAGUCCCUGAGGAAGCUAGAGUUUUGUGGUGCCAGUCUAACUUCCACAGGAGCAGCUAGUUUGGCCUCCGCUCUACCGAGUUGUCCAGAAGUCACUGAAAUCAACCUGAGCGACAACAAUCUGAAAGACGGAGGAAUCAAACACAUAGCUGAUAUUUUUACCAAACAACCAAGACUGGUUUUGGUGAAGCUGGGUCGAAACAACAGCUCUUUGGAAGCAGUCGACUUUCUCAUCGGGAAAAUGUCUUCGUUCUUGAACAUCCAGCACAUUCAUGCAGAUGGGACGAAGGAAUUGACGGUCACUAUUUCUCAAAAUCCAGAUAUGAACAGCCAUAAAACUGAGUCUGAACCAACAAUCAGCUUGUUGAACCAAAAAUGGAGCAGGCCUGAUAUGCAAAAACUUGCAAAUUCACUGGCACGUUGCCCCUCCUUGUCCAUUCUGAAUAUUUCUGGAGGCCACUUGGAUGCUGACACUCUGAGGAAAAUGAUUGAGUUCUUGCCAAAGUUCAACAUCACCAAGAAGAUCAUUGUAAAUGACAGUGGCUUAACCGUGGAGGGUUUGGUGAGUCUCACUGCUCUGCUCUCUGAUUGUCCCACUGUGGUGGAGCUUCGGAUCAGAUUACAGAGUCCUGGUCAGGUGUCUAUAGUGUUUUCUGGAGGGAGAAAAAACACUAAUCAAGUAUCUAAAGUGCUCUGCCUCUGCUGUUGUGGUCUACUGCCGACUCAUUUGGAGAGGGUGUGGAGGAGUUUGGGAACAUGCCCUGAUCUCACUUUGCUGGAUCUUUCCAGUAAUUGUUUAGGCAACAAAGGUCUGAGGAAACUGUUGGACAUCCUGCCCCGUCUCAGUGCCAUCCAGGAAAUAAAUGCCAGUGACAAUGGAAUUGGCAAGGAAAGAGUUGUGAUGCUGGCUGGUGCUUUGUGCUCCCAAAACAACUUAACAGAAACCCACAUCAGUGGAGAGCAGGUGAUCCUGAAGUUCUGCCCUGAUAAAAGGGAUGACAAACACCCCAAAAAGAUGUUCAGGAUGAACAACAGCAGUCUCCCACCAUCUGACAUGACCCCCCUCUGUAAACGAUUGGUCCAGUGUCACGGCUAUUUGGAGUUAGAUUUGUCUCACUGCGCAUUGACGGACAAGGCUAUUAAGAAUCUGCUGACGGUCCUGCCCAAGAUGACGUCACUGCAGAGACUCAAUGUCAGCCACAGCAUCACAUCCACAAAUGCAGCCUUGGUGCUGGUCAGAUGUUUGACUGUCAGUCAGCGAGUCACCUCAGUGGAGCUCAGGCCUCAAGCUGAAUCCUUCAUUGAGUUUGACAGUGUGAAGGCCAAAGAAACCAGCUGCAGGUUAACUCAUUGUAGCUUGAAAGGUGACAUCUUGGAGAGACUGCUUGAGAUCCUACAGCAGGGUCCUCAGCUGGCUGACCUGGAUUUAUCAAGUAACCAACUGGAAGAUGAAGGAGUGAAGACGUUUGUGGAUUGUCUCCAAAAGCUUAAAAUCACCACCUACGUAAAUUUGAGCAACAAUGGCCUGACUCAGAAGGGGCUCUUGGAUGUGGCCGACACGCUGCGCACCUGUGACAACGUCUGUGGCGUAGAGAUCAGUUUAAAUGCAGAAGACAGGUGUGUCAUCUGGUUUACACAUGAUGAAGAUUGUGAGAGAACGCUGAGCGUCACAGAUAGUGGUUUGGAACGUGACCAUCUGGUCAGAUUAGCAGAGAUCAUCUCCGUCUCUCCAAGUCCAACCAAACUGGAGUUCAAGAACAACUUUCUGCAGUCGGAUUGGAUUGAAGACUUUGUAAAACUCUUAAACAGCAGUCAGAGAGGAUUUAGCGUGAGUAUUGAUGAGCGUUGGAUCAGAUCCGAGGAAGCCGUUAGUCUGUUGUGCCGCUGUCUUUAUCUCAGCAGCAGCAUACACACCAUCAGGGUUCAGCACACCACUCUUCAUCUGUCUUUGGUGAACUCCACUGAACUGACCUCAGUCAGUGAUGACUCUGCAGAUAUGACUCCAUUACUGGCCACAAAGAAAAUUGGCCUCAUGGACUGUGCAGUGGAGGGACAUCACCUUGCAUCUAUGAAGAGCGUCAUCCAGAGAUGUCCUUCACUGACAGAGCUGGAUUUGUCCCACAACAGUCUGGGAAUAGACGGCGCUGAGUUUCUCUGUUCUGUGCUGCCCUCGCUGCCAAAUCUCACUUCUCUCAGUAUUGGUUCCAAAGAGGCGUCUGUGGCUGUGGUUGAGAAGCUGUCCGAGGCCUUGCUGCAGGCUGCAGCCAUUCAGUGCUUAAAUCUGUCAGGUCAUGCGGUUAGUGACACAGCAGCCAAGAUCAUGACCAAAAUGUUGCCUCGCCUAAGAUCCCUCAAUCUGUCUCACUGUGGGUGGUCUGCGUCUGGAGGGCUGCAGCUGAUCCAAACACUUGCAGAAUGUGUCCGUCUGGAAACCCUUUGUCUGGACUGCUUGCAGCUGAAUGAGGACGGCAGGAUGUCCCUGGCGCAGACGCUAAGGAAAAUCAACUCCCUACGCAGUCUCAAGCUAAAUAAGAUUGCCACGACAAUGGGACCAUCACAAGCAAACGGUGUGCUAGAUCUUCUAGCUGCUAUGGAGGGACUCACACAAAUGCAGGACAUAGAGUUGAAGGGCUGGAGGAUGGCUGAUAGAGGAAUAGAAGAGCUGACCAGACUCCUUCCCUUCUGGACGGAGCUCAGAAAGAUCAGUCUAUCAAAGAACCUCAUCAGCGACCACAUGGGAGAAAUGCUGCUGGAGGCUUUGAACAGCUGCACUCAUCUGGAAGAGCUCCAUCUGCCUAGCAACAGUCUCGGCAAUGUCACGGCCGCUAAGAUGGCCCUCGUUGUACCGUCACUGACAAACAUCACUGUGCUUGAUAUUUCAGAGAACAGUAUUGGAUAUGAAGGAUCAGUGAGCCUGUCCAAAGCAAUAAUGUGCAUGAAGAACCUCACCAAGAUCUAUCUGACCUCUGUUGGGACUUCAGAGCUGUGUCCUGUAGCUGCCAGUCUGGCCCACUGUCCCCUCCUACAGGAUGUGGGUCUCGGAUGGAAUAAUUGUGGGGAUAAAGUGGCACUGGAGCUGGUCCGAGUUAUGCCUCUCUGUCAGAAGCUGAGGAGAAUAGAUCUGGAGUCAAACGCCAUCAGUGUCUCUGGAGCGGAGGCCUUGGUUAAAGCUCUACAGCCGUGUCCUGCUCUGCAGAUGAUCAGGUUGUGGAGGAACAACGUCUCCGCUAUUGAGGCCCAGACGCUCAGUCUGAAGGAAAGGAGACUGAACUUCUCCUCCACCUAACAUGCUUUGAAUGUUUCCCCUGAACUGCGACCACAUGGAAGUAUGAGGAAUGAUUUUAUAGCAAAUGAUUACGUCAUGAUCAUGUCACACGAUGUGUUUGAAUACCUUCAAUCGGUUGUGUAUGUGAGGACUGCAGCAGCAGGCGUGUGUAAUAGAAGGCUUAAAGACCACUGUGUGGUGAACCGCGAACGCUUUUGACAUUUUGCCUAAAUGUAAAUAAUGUUAAGAUGAAACAACACAAUUAUUUUUGGCCCGACCAUUCCAGUCUGUUUGCUGUGGGCUUUGUACACACUGCCCUCCUCUUUGUACACUAUGAACCUAAAGGGCCACGAUUCCAGUAACUUCCAUUUGAGAAAGCAGGUAUGCAGACUUUUCAUUAUUUUGCACCGUAAUGUGUUAACAAUAAUUAGAGGCCACAUAAGUGAAAACACAACAAAUCAUAAAAUUACAGUAAAUGUUCUCUAACCAUCAUUUUAGGUUGUGGUCUCUAUCCAAACUGCGUAUUUAUUUCUUCCGAUAUUUUGAUGAAUUAAUAAUUAGACGUUAUUUAAACUGACAGAACUGUUUUUACAAGGACACAGGAUUUGAAUGAGCAGGGGCCGAGAUGUGUUUGGGACUGUAGAUAAUCUUCUUUAGGGGGGUUUGGCUUUAAGGUUUCGGAGCAGCCUCGACCUCUAACAUGGCAAAUCUUGCUUGACAUUAAAUUAUUCAAAAAAUAAAGACUAAAUUGA